AUGUCGACAGGAGCGCUCCCAUACUACCUCGAGGACCGUUCGGGCUCGUACGCGGGCUCCGACUUCGACGACAUCUACGAUCGUCUCUUCCUUCGUGUCGCCCUCAUGAUAUACAACGUCGGUCGUCGGUCGUCGAACCAACGAGAUUACCGACCAUUACAGCGUGAACCCUCUGUCGCCCUCGAGUUCGGGCCCAGCGGAACGCUGGACAGAUCUCUUUCAUGGGCACGUCUAAGGUCUCACUGUUUGGAGGGUGAAUCGCUCAUUCGAAAGUUCCGAGCUUCAAAUGGCGAGGAGUACAAAUGGACGUACAAGACCGAGUCGGACCAUCAGUGGUCGUGCACUGACUCAGCCAACUAUGUUGUGGCUCAUUACAACCUGAAGCCUCCAAACAAGCCAGCGUUCCGGACGUCUGGCAACAUGUUGACUAUCAACGAGACGCACGCGAGCCUAGCUAUCGAGCUUCUGGCGUCAUUGACCAUCAUGCGUCACGUCGCUGCUUACCAUCUAUGAUGCCUGACCAAAACUCGCAUAUAUCGAAAGCGCGACUCGUUGAGCAUCACCCAUCGCAGCUUUGAGGUAUUGCCGCAGUGACCUCGGGCCAAGGAAAUGAAGUACGAUACCAGACUGCGAGAUAAUACUGAAAGGACACUUACCGUAGCGCGAGAGCUAAAGUAAUCUGGCCUCAGAGCCGGUAUGCAUUGUACAGUAGCAGCAGCAUGACUGGACCAACCUUGUAUGUGUACUAUCACGACUUAUCUGCACGCGUAUUUGCCAUAAGCCCCCGAUGGCGUGUAGUGUGGCAAAGUACUUAUCUUUUAACUUCCGCAAACGUCUUGUCGACGAUCCGGUGUGCAUUGCAGUCAUUUGCGGGCAUGCGAUGACAGCUUCUCCAGCACGAAGUACUUACCUUCU